UCUCUGGCGGUAAUCAUGAUCCACUACACCCUAGUUUCCGGUGUUAUGGCCACCACCGGCGCUAGCAGCGCUACACUUGGGCAAAAAAUAAGUUGUGCAUUAAGGUCUCAGCAGCCUGCAUGCACGCCAGUGUGAUUCUUGCUAUGCUGCUCUUGGCAAUGUUGGAUAUACUCUUUUCCGUUGUUGUGGUCACCGGUGAGGACAGCGAUCACAAAACGUCAGCACCCGUGUUCAACUACAGCAGCAUUUCCCUACCGCCGGAGCACAUUUCAUAUUUCCUGUCCAACAACAAGAAGAUCGCCAAGCAAUGCAGGCUAGACCCUCUCUGUCCUUUUAAACAGUUUGCCCAGUUGAAUUUGUCUUCUUGUUGGGGUUACGAGAAGAACUGUGAGCCAGAGAACCGCUUCAGCUAUCCCAAUUGUAACAACGUUGAUUCUGGAUGGGCAGAUUCAUUGGAGGCGGCCCAGGAUCUUUUCUGGAAGCAGGGUGAUUUCGGCUACGUCAAGGAGCGCCGCUCUGAGCUCCAAACACUUUGCAAGGCCAGCAAGCCCGGGGACUCCUCCUUAAGAUGCACUAGCCAUGCAAGAUUCUGUAAAGCAACUAACCUUUACCUGGACUUGCGGAAACCGCGCAGAAGUCAUGAAAGGUACCAGGAGGACUUCAUUCAGAAAGGGGAGCUCGGUGGUCACUGCAGACUUGACAAGCAAGCACUUGCCGCAGUGGGAAAACACAAGAGCCCAUUGCAGUCUUGGUAUGCAGAGCUUCAAACAUAUACAGAGUUGGACUUUCACUCUGAAUCCUGUGACAUCACCAUAGAAAAACCAACAGUUUUCAUGAAACUGGAUGCUGGGGUGAACAUGUACCAUCAUUUCUGUGACUUUGUCAACCUCUACAUCUCCCAGCACAUUAACAACUCCUUCAGCACCAACAUCAACAUAAUAAUGUGGGACACGAGCUUUCAUGAAUAUGGAGAUUUGUUCAAGGAGAUAUGGAAGGCCUUCUCAAACUCUGAUAUCAUUCACCUGAAGACGUAUGAUUUUAAAAGAGUAUGUUUUAAAGAUGCCUUUUUCUCCCUUCUCCCAAGAAUGAGAUAUGGUCUCUUUUACAACACCCCACUCAUCUCUGAUUGCUACAGUGAAGGGAUGUUUCGGGCUUUCUCCCAACAUGUCCUCCAUCGUCUCAACAUACUGCAGAACGGACCCAUGGUGGGCCGUGUUCGUGUUACCGUGCUGGCACGCAGCACAGAAUACAGACGAAUAAUCAACCAAAAUGAGCUCGUAAAUGCUCUUAAAACAGUGCUGCAGCUGGAGGUCAGUGUGCAUGACUACAAAUACAACGACGUUGCCUUCCUUGAGCAAUUGAGGAUAACUCACAACUCGGACAUAUUCAUCGGAAUGCACGGGGCGGGACUUACGCAUCUACUCUUCCUACCCGACUGGGCUGUGGUCUUUGAGCUGUAUAAUUGUCAGGAUGAGGGUUGCUAUCGAGAUUUGGCGCGGCUGAGGGGCAUUCGCUAUAUGACUUGGCAGAAAAAGGACAAAGUGUACCCCCAGGACAAGGGUCAUCACCCGACUCUUGGAGACCAUCCCAAGUUCACCAACUACUCCUUUGACGUGGAGGAAUUCAUGCGCCUCGUGCUGGAGGCAGCACUUUACGUCACGCAGCAUCCCAAAUGGCAGCGUUGUAUCACGCGUGAUGAACUGUAGCGAGUCCUUGGUUGGGUAAAAAAAAAAAAAAAAAAA